UGUGGCCAUUUGGAACCGAUGUGCCUAAUUGCCUUAUCUUGUUCCUUUUGUGGACAUCAAAAUUCAGCAACUUCACAAACAAUCUCUCCAAUUUCUACUUCAACCACUGAUAUAACAUUACCCACAUUUUAGUUUCUGAGAAAAUUCCCCUCCACUCCUUGCUCUGAUCCAUCCCCAUGGCGUCUUCCACUCUAUCUUCUGCAACUCCCUCACAGUUAUGUGCCAGCAGAAGUGCUUUGUUCUGUCCCUCUCAAGCCCUUUUGAGGAAACCCAAAAGUACUCAAAUGGGGUCAAAGGGAAAAGAGGUUAAAAUCUCUUGUCAAGCCACUAGUAUUCCAGCUGAUCGAGUCCCAGAUAUGGGUAAAAGGAAAACCAUGAAUUUGCUUCUUCUGGGUGCCAUUGGACUUCCCACUGCUACUAUGUUGUAUCCUUACACCUAUUUCUUUGUCCCUCCUGGUACUGGAGGUGCUGGUGGUGGGGUUGUUGCCAAGGAUGCUCUUGGAAAUGAUGUUUUCGCAGAUGAAUGGCUGAAAGCACACGGCCCUGGAGACCGAACCCUCACACAGGGCUUGAAGGGAGACCCUACCUACCUUGUAGUCGAGAAGGAUAAAACACUUGCGACGUAUGGAAUCAACGCAGUUUGCACUCACCUCGGAUGCGUCGUGCCAUGGAAUACAGCUGAGAACAAAUUCAUCUGCCCUUGCCAUGGAUCCCAAUACAACGAUCAAGGCAGGGUCGUCAGAGGACCUGCACCUCUGUCUCUUGCAUUGGUUCAUGCUGAUGUAGACGACGGGAAGGUAGUGUUCGUCCCGUGGGUCGAAACAGAUUUCAGAACUGGUGAGAAUCCAUGGUGGGCUUAAGCCUCAUUCUCAUGUAACAUCUCUCCAUAUCCAUCUCUUCAAUUUGAAGCAAUUUUUUUUUCUUCCAUCUCCUCUCAGUUUUCUCCUGUUUGUAUAUUUUGGUUUUGUUGGAUGAAAUAUAUAAGAUAUAAGACAACUGAAUCCUAGGCUUUGUAUUGAUAAGCUUUGAUAUUAAGUACCAUUCUCUAUUGUUCUACUUUCUCUUCA